AUGCCCGUCUUCCAAGAGACAUCGAAUGCAGCAAGGGACCUCAGGAUCCUUCAUUCUCGUGCCCUGCCCCUGCCCCGACUCUCGACUAGACCGGGGCCCUUUUCGGGUGCACAGGAAAGUCGUGAAGUUGUUGUCAUCGGUGCUGGACCGAGCGGUCUUUUCUUAACCUUGUUGCUAGCCAGGUAUGGGCUUACCGGGUCUUCACUACUUUGUUUGGACUCGAAACCCGGAACAUUAAAGGCUGGUCAAGCAGACGGCCUGCAGCCUCGAACAUUGGAGGUCCUUCAGUCCCUUGGUAUAGCCGGGGAGAUUAUCGAUGAAGGCUGUCAUAUAGAAGAGGUCGCCUUCUGGAAUGCAGCAUCUGUGAGUUCGCAGAAGGAUCACAAUGGCGCUAAGAGUGGGAUUGAGCGCUCUGAAUUUGUACCUGACGUGAACGUGCCUGCUCGCUUCCCUUUCGAGGUCACGAUCCACCAAGGGCGCAUUGAGCGGAUACUUGAAGAAAACCUUCAUCUGUAUGCGCCUGAGGACACAAUUCGGAGGUCUCAUCGCUUCCUCGAAUACGUUGUGGAUGAUUCCAAUUCCGAGUUUCCAAUUUUUGUGAACUACGAAUACGACGACAUUGAUGGCAUCACGAAGCAGGGAUCCGUUCGCACGAAAUAUCUUGUUGGUGCAGAUGGCGCAAGAUCGCAAGUACGAGCAUGCAUGGGACUGAGCCUUCAGGGCGAGACAACGGAUCAUAUAUGGGGGGUCUGUGACUUUGUCGCGACUACAGACUUUCCUGACAUCCGCAAGCGGUGUGCUGUGCAUUCCGAUUCAGGGUCAGUCAUGGUUAUCCCGAGGGAGCAGAUUGCCACCGGCGAGUAUCUUACCCGCCUCUAUGUACAGGUGCCUGGGGAGGUAAACGAGGAUGAAGAAUCUCGAACAGAUAAGAAAUCAGCCGACAAAAAAAAACGUGAAGCUGUAACACUAGACUACAUAUUUCAGCAGGCACGCAAAGUAUUUUCCCCCUACAACAUCAGCGUCAAAGAAGGGACCACGCCAGACUGGUGGGCUGCGUACCAAAUAGGUCAACGAAUGACACCGAAGUUUUCCGCGAGAACUCCUGACGGUAUGGACAGAGUUUUUAUUGUUGGCGAUGCGUGCCAUACACAUAGCCCAAAAGCUGGGCAAGGCAUGAACGUGUCCAUGAUGGACUCUUACAAUCUCGCAUGGAAACUCGCCCACAACAUCCACGGAUUGACGCCGCAUCCUCCUCCAGGAACAGCGGACCCAAUACUAGAGACUUUUGAGUUGGAGCGCAUCGAUGUUGCCCGCCAACUUAUCGAGUUUGACACAGCUUUCUCUCACAUCUUCUCUGGCAAGAUUGAACCAACGGAUUCUGCAGCUCCUGGUCUUACGCAUGAAGAAUUCCUCCGUGUCUUCAUGGAAGGUAGUGGAUUUACGAGCGGAUGUGGUCUUCAUUAUCAAUCGAGCACAUUGGUUCGGGUGUCAGAGACCCCUCGAUGUAGUACAGGCGAUCAAUUCGGUGGUGCACUAAUUCCAGGGAAACGUUUGCCCAACGUCGAAGUGAAACGUUAUGCGGAUGCAACUACUCGUCAAUUACACGAUGAGAUACCUUCAUUAGGCCGAUACCGUAUCAUUGUAUUUGCAAGCAACGAUCUUCUUGGCAAAUCUGGUGUUUCUCAAUCAGCCUUGAUAUCUUGCAGUGAGAUCAUUGAACGGUUUCCUGCAGGCACGAUCGAUCUUAUCGUUCUUCACCCUUUAAAGAAGCGAUUCGAAUGGACUGACAUUCCCCCAAUUGUGAAGCAGCUUGCUGAGAUGCGGACAUACGGAUUGUCGCAAAAAGAAGAUGCCUAUAAGAUAUAUGGUAUAUUGGAAGAUGAAGGACUUAUCGCUGUAGUUCGGCCUGAUGGGUACAUUGGGACACUGGUGAGUUUGUCUAUCACUCAUCAGGUAGAGGAGUAUCUUCGCUCCUGUCUUGUCUAUAGGUAA